CGAACCGUUAGCGAGAUGAAGGACCUCCUGGCCAGCAGGGAGUGCUGCAGUGGGAGGACUCAGCGAACCGUUAGCGAGAUGAAGGACCUCCUGGCCAGCAGGGGGGGGUGCUGUAGUGGGAGGACUCAGCGAACCGUUAGCGAGAUGAAGGACCUCCUGGCCAGCAGGGGGGGGGGUGCUGUAGUGGGAGGACUCAGCGCACCGUUAGCGGGGUGGAGAGUCCGCCAGAUUGGCAGGGGGCUCUGGAGCCGGACGACUCAGCGCACCGUUAGCGGGGGUGAGGUACUCCUGACCGGCACCAAGAGCGAGCGUUACCAGGAUUUGAGUCUCAAGUGGGCAGCAUCAGGAGGGAACUUCAAUAUGGAAUUGAGCGAAAGGAAACUUGGUGCAGUGAGAGUCGAGGAGGCCUCAAAAGCAGAGCACAGCCCCGGAGGGUUUGGAUGUUUUGGUUGGAUUCUCACCAUCCUCUCGUUCAUCUUUAUUUUUGCAACGUUCCCCCUCUCAAUCUGGUUUUGUUUGAAGGUUGUUAAAGAAUAUGAAAGAGCUGUGAUAUUUCGAUUAGGUCGUAUUGUUCACGGUGGAGCCAAAGGCCCAGGUAUUUUCUGGACGAUACCUUGUACUGAUUCAUUUAGCCUUGUUGAUUUGAGGACUGUCUCAUUCUCUGUACCACCACAAGAGGUGUUAACCAAAGACUCUGUCACAAUUAUGGUGGAUGCUAUUGUCUACUAUCGUGUCUUCGAUCCCGUGAUGUCUGUCAUCAGUGUGAUCAAUGUGGCUAAUGUUACUCACCUGCUGGCUCAGACAACACUACGGAACAUGCUGGGCACCAAGACCCUGACAAGCAUCCUUACCGAACGGGAAAACAUGGCACAGGAGAUGGAGAAAUUUCUGUUUGAUGUGUCGAAGCAAUGGGGAAUCAAGGUGGAACGAGUGGAAAUCAAAAACGUGUGCCUGCCGGUGGCUUUGCAAAGGGCGAUGGCAGCAGAAGCUGAAGCUGUGAGGGACGCCAAAGCCAAGGUGAUUGCUGCAGAAGGUGAGAUGAAUGCCUCCCGUGCCCUCAAAGAGGCAGCUAUGGUGAUGGCGUCGAGUCCAAACGCCCUGCAGCUCCGUUACCUCCAGACACUUUCCGAGGUUGCUACAGAGCGGAGCUCUACCAUCCUCUUCCCGGUGCCGAUCAACAUCAUGCCAAUGUUCAGAAAGAAGUGAAGUGGGCUUAUUGCAACAGGCAUUUGGGGGAACUGUUCUUUCUGUGCGCAGUGUUGCAAGUGGACUAUGGUACACAUCAUGUUAAAAGCUGACCUAUUAUCCAUCUCAUUGGACUGUCCAAGGAGACUGUACCAUUAGAUGUCGUUCGUUUAUGUAGAUCUGCCAUGCACCCUGUCCCCCAAGUGGCCAGGCUUCUGUGAACCGUCUCCUCAGCGCAUGGCUCUUAGUCUUUGUGUUCUGUGUCUGUCGCUCUACAGGUCUCCAUUCAUGGCUGUGGCCUAAUUGGCUCUGGAACAUCAAUUCAGCUGGGAAUCCAAGUAACUCUCUUUCCUUAACUUAUCUUUAAGCGGAAGAAAAUAACUUUUUCAUGCCAGGUAUAUCAGGUUACAACAGUGUGAGUGGUCAUUACUGUUAACCCUGGAGAUUUCUUUCCCUUCUCACAUGGGCAAGUGUUUGGUUUCAAGUUGGCAACUGUUAACAGUAGGAUGAAAUCACUAUACCCCUCUGUCUCAUUAAUCUGCGUUGUAAUAUUCCUGAACCUGCUUGUUGAUCAAAAACACUAGCUGGGACUGACAAAAAAAGGCUAAUAAGUGCAAAUAGAAGGUGGUAAAUAAAUACCAGGUUUGCAGUCACUAAUGCAGUUUGCCUGCCCCCAACUACUUAUUCUGUGCAAAGAGGGGUGGAAUUGGCACUGUGCCAUAUCUACAAAGCAUGAAUUGCCACUUAUUCUCAGACUGUACGUAACACUGGUACCUCCCACCAGUUGGAUAUGAACAAGUUGUCAACUUUUACCAAGAACGUAUGUAACUAGCUUCAUUCUCUGUGAGCCUUUCACUUGUGCUGUGUUCUGGUUGUUUAAACUAUGUCAGACAUUGAAGCUUUUUUUUAAGGUUUGUUGACUUUUUUUUAACGCUGACAAUUAAAACAUUUCUAAACAAA